CUCAGUUUCACGUCACUGCCAUCGCAAUUCCUCCAUCACCCACGACAACACACUUUGCCUUGCCCAUAAUCAACUCGACCGGCGGCCGAUAUAAGGCGACAGGAGGGUAACCUCCGGCCGCCGUCGCGACUGCCUACAUCUUGCGCCCGUUCUUCUCCAAUCUCGACCACUGAGCCCUCUACAUCACACCAAGCACCAUGGCUACUCUGGAGCAAGAACUUCUGGCCGACUUCGCCGACAGCGGAGACGAAGACAUUCAGGACUUGGAGAAUGAUUUUGCCGACGGAGACAACGGGGACGAUGAUGACAUGGUAGAUGAGGAGGCGGAGUACAGGGCCAAGGAGAAAAAGGACAACAAGGGGCCUGCAGACAUACGAUCGGCUCAGCAACUCAAAGCAAAUCUGGAAUCGGUGCUUGCACGUAUCGAGGAAACCAAAGAUCAGAUGGACGUGGUGGAUGGCGAAUCUUUUGAAGACUCCCCGGAAUACAAGCUCCUCACCGAAGCCAACGAAUUCUCUACCCAGAUUGAUGGCGAAAUUGCUGCCGUCCACAAGUUUAUCAGAGAUCACUAUUCGGCCUUCUUCCCGCAUUUGGAAGACUUGAUCAAAAAUCCCGUCGUCUACGCGAGAGCAUGUUUGGUCAUUGGUGGCGGGCCUUUGAAGGACAUCAAGACCAUUACGCCACAACUCAAGGCAAUCGAGGGGCUCGAGCCUGCCCAAGUCAUGAUUGUCGAGAUCGAAGCCACACGGGUCGAAGGAAGGCUUCUUGACGAGGCUGAGCUAAACCUGAUAAGAAAUGCCUGUAAUCUCUUGCUCGAGUUGAAUGUUGCAAAGUCCAAGAUUUUGGGCUUCGUCGAGUCGCGAACUGAGGUGUUUUGCCCCAACCUGACAGCGCUUAUUGGAUCCUUGACCGCCGCACAUCUCAUUUCGUACUCUGGAGGUAUCUCCAAUCUAGCCAAGACACCCGCCUGUAAUAUUGCGCCUUUGGGUUCGACCAAAGUAUCAGGCGCCACUGUCGGUCUUUCCAAUAUUGGUCUGAGACACGAAGGUUACCUCUACCACAGCGAGAUCAUCCAGAAUCAGAGGCCUGAUCUUCGAAAACAGGCGCUGCGCAUCGUGUCGGCCAAGGUGAUACUGGCUGCUCGCGUAGACGCCCACUCAAGCUCGCGCAAUGCAGACAUUGGCAUGGAUCUGAGGAGAGAAUGCGAACGCCGGCUGGACAAGCUGACUGAGCUUCCUGCAAACCAAAAGGGACAGAGAGCGCUUCCCGUGCCUGACGAAAAGCCAUCACGCAAGCGUGGUGGAAGACGAGCGAGAAAGGCCAAGGAAGCAACUGCCAUGACAGAAAUCCGCAAAGCGCAAAACAGGAUGACGUUUGGCAAGGAAGAGAAGGAGGUCGGCUAUGGAGACUCGGUCAAGGGCAUGGGCAUGAUUGGAGCUACCGACACGGGACGCCUGCGUGCGCAGCAAAUCGACCCCAAGACGCGCGCCAAACUCAGCAAGAAGAACCCUGGUUGGGGCGGAGACACGACACUCGGCAUGGCAUCGUCACUCAAGGGCUUUGGGACCGGCGGCACAGCGACGAGUCUGCGGGCCCAAGGGCUGCGGACCGGCGGUGUGGGCCUGGGUGGCGCGGGAACGAGCUCGAUUGCAUUUACCCCCGUGCAAGGGCUGGAGCUUGUGGACCCGAAGGCACGCGAGGAGAUGCAGCGCAAGAGGAAGGCAGACGACGAUCGGUGGUUCAAGGGUGGUUCUUUUACGCAGCUUAAUGGAAGCUCCAAGGUGGAUGCUGGAGGCUUCAAGGUGCCUGCGCUACCGAAUAAGAAGCCAAAAGCUGAGUGAUUGAUGAUGGCUGUAGUAUAUGUUAUUUCAUUGUCAUUUUGCAUUUUCAGCAGGAUAAGUUUGUGUGCAUCUUGGGGCGUUUUGUCUCUUUUCCCUCUUUUUUCGAGUGGAAGGAAGUAGUGAAUGGACCUUCUUGUUCAUCUUGGAAUUUGGAGAAGGUUCAAAAGAGAACAAAGAAGAUUUCCAGUUUUUCGUCUACAGCGGUCAAGUUUUUGCAUUAUUGUUUUUGCGGGAUUCGCACCUUGACGGCUUGAUGCACGUAACAUUGCUUGGUGUUUGGGGAUGCGGAUUCGCAAUCAUAGCAUUUUGUUGCAAGAGAGAGGUAGGGUGAGAAAACGGGUGAGAGACGGAGAAAGGUAUAGUGUUUGCAAAGUAGCAUGCUAAACACACCAAUCAUGAACGCUAAUAGGCUACCUUUUUGCCCAGAUUUUUUUUAGAACUAUCAUGAAUAGUAACGCGUCACUCGCUUCAUAGUCGGUUAUCAAGCUU